UGUGAGGCCAUACCGACCGCUCAAAGUCGCAUAUACCUCGUUAACCUGACAGGCUGCGGUCUGCCUCUUCAGAGACAAUAAAGAGGCACUAGAUUUUAAUGAGACAGAAGAGAGGAGAAAUAUGCCAAGCUGCGGGACGACUUAAAUCUACUGGAUUGAGCACAAGAAUGCAAAAGAAAAGUCUGUUUGAUCCUAUAGAUAUAUUUGUGCCGGAUAAAUUUCAUAUAGCCAAUGUGGGAGAGUUUCUGCUGUUCGGGACUUUGAAUUGAGUAAUGUCUAAUGGGCGAACACAAACUUGGAUUUCUGCUGAUAACAAAAGGGACUGCCACAAGAAAACGAACUAAGUGAGGAGUUUUCCAGCACAAGCUCCCUCGGAAGUUGAUAGAAAACAACAGCAGGGCUUAUCAAUUUGAUCUGAGGGCUAAUUGACACUGACCUUGGCAGUCGCAUUUCAACUACCGAGCGAACCAAAUGCAGAGAGAAAGAUGCAUUUGGGUAAGGCUUUACUGUUCGUCCUCCUCCUCAACUGCGCAACUUUGAGUUCGUCUCUGUCAACUUGUGCCACCGUGGAUAUCGACCAUGUGAAAAGGAAGAGGGUCGAGGCCAUACGAGGUCAGAUUUUGAGCAAACUCCGAUUGACGAAUCCUCCACAGUCCCUCGGACCAAGUAAAAUCCCUUAUCAAAUCCAAGCAUUGUAUAACAGCACCAAGGAGCUACUGGAGGAGCUGCGGAGGGAUCGGCACCAAAGUUGCGGUCAGGACAACACAGAGACCGAAUACUACGCCAAAGAAAUAUACAAAUUCAACAUGGUCUACGGACCGCCAGAGAGCAACGAUCUGUUCUACUGCCCAAAAGGCAUCACCUCCAAGGUUUUCCGUUUCAAUGUCUCCGCCAUGGAAAGGAACUCGACCAACCUCUUCAGAGCAGAGUUUCGAGCUCUGAGGGUGCCAAACCAAACCGCCAAGAGGAAUGAACAGCGGAUUGAGCUCUACCAGAUUGUGAGGCCAAACGAACACAUUAGGAAGCAACGCUACAUCGCAGCCAAGAACGUGCUGACCAGAGGCACUCCAGAGUGGAUCUCCUUCGAUGUGACUGAAACAGUGCGAGAAUGGCUGAUGAACAGAGGAACUAAUCUGGGUUUGGAAAUCAGCGUGCACUGUCCCUGCCACACCUUCAACACAAAUGGCGACAUCAUUGACAAUGAGAACGAGGUGCUGGAGGUGAAGUUCAAAGGCGUGGACGGAGAUGAGGAGCACAAGCGCUUGGAUCUGGAUCACCUGAACAGGAGGAAGGAGCAGUACCUGCCUCACCUUAUCCUCAUGAUGAUCCCACCCCACCGCCUGGAGACCCAGUCCACUCGCCGACGCAAGAGAGCGCUGGACACAAACUACUGUUUCUCAAACAGGGAGGACAACUGCUGUGUUCGCCGGCUCCACAUCGAUUUCCGCCGUGACUUGGACUGGAAGUGGAUCCAUGAGCCCAGCGGUUAUGAUGCCAACUACUGCUCCGGGCCCUGCCCUUACCUGAGGAGCUCAGAUACAACACACAGCUCGCUGCUGAGCCUGUACAACACUCUGAAUCCGGAGGCAUCGGCCUCCCCCUGCUGUGUCCCUCAAGACCUGGAACCCCUCACUAUACUCUACUACUCUGGACGAACCCCCAAAGUAGAGCAGCUUUCCAACAUGAUUGUCAAGUCUUGCAAGUGUAGCUGAGAAGACAUGAAAGGUGAGGUAGUAUGGCAGGAUUUUACUAGGUACUGACGAAACCCAUGCUCGUUGACUUUUGGACUCUUAGCUGUGACAAAUACUUAAGCUGACCCUGUGGCCUCAUGGCUUAGAUCUGAACACCACUCUGAAGGUCACACAUUUUUAAGGAUGCAGAUUUAUUUUUUUUUCUUUGAACUUCAGGUCAUCAUUUUUUUCCCCCCUUGUUUCUUUUUUCUUCCUCCCACUCUGUCAGUUCUGGAUGACAAGUAGUUAUUUUCAUCCUAAAAAGUUCAACUCAAGCCAAACUUCAUCUUACAAUCAUAGUAUGAUCUUAAAAUAUUUCCUUCUAGAUUUGUGAAUGUGGACAACACAUUCCUAAAAGCUAGCUGGCAGAGAGCCCUGUACAAAUCUAUCUGUGACACAAAAAAACAACGGGGAGCUGCUUCAUGGACAAUGAAUGAAAGAGACUUACUUUGUGGCAUAUUUUCUGCAAAUAUUCCACAAAGUUUCAGCCUCUUCAUUGUCAGUAGAGCAACUUUCCUGUCUCUAGUCCUGGGGUGACAUUGUUAAUAGUCACAUACGAACUGUGCUCUCCUCAAUGGCUGAAGAGUCCUUUCAGGCUGGAUUUUUACCUUGAACUUAAGUUCCCUUUUCUUUCGAACAGUGGACACUAUCUUCAAACACAAAAGGAGAAAGGACAGACUUGCUGCUGUAUCCAAAGCCAUAGCUGUGGUCAGGGAAAAGGAGAGCUGAGAGAAUGCCUGUUGGAUUUGCAAUGGAAAGUGAAUGAACAAAGAAGUUGAGCCAAGCUUUUCUUUUUUUGGCCAGCCAGCAGCAAUGGCCUUUUUUUUUUUUUUUUUUUCGAUGCAUCUAUUAGAAUGGAUGGAAGGAAGACCAAGAAAGAAGAAAUAGAAUGAUCAGAUGAAGAAGAAGAAGAAGAAGAAGAAGCAGAAGAAGAAGAAGAAGAUGAGGGGACCUGUAUGGAAGGGAAGAACUGUGAUGGAAACUAGCCACGAGCACACUGCCAUUCACUGGAAGUCCUCAUCCCUAACAGGUUCAAAUUAUUUCUGGGACAUCAAAGAAUAUACUGGAAAAGAACACGUGUUACGCAACAGGUUUUUUUUAUGAGAUUUCUUUUGCAUUAAUAGCAGAUUUGGUCUGUUAUGCAACUUGUCAUAUAGUGAUUGUUUCACUGGGGCAUAAAUUGUAUCUGUGUUAUCCAUGGUGGUUAUGUUAAACUGUGGGUGUUGUUACAUUUUCUUGUGAUUUAAAAAGAAUAUGCAACCUUUUUUUUUGUCCAUAUAGAAUUUAGUUUGACCUGUUGUAUGUGAUCCAGUUUAUGUCUUAUUGUAUAAAAUAGGUGAUUUUCCCCAGACAGUUAAAACAGAGCACUUUUCUCCAGCAAUAACAGGAAAUGUCGUGUCAUUUAAAAUUAUUAUUAUUUUAAAUCUUACUCUCCUAUCAGCUCACCU